AAGAAAAGAAAAGCAAAGCAACCCCACUUCCGUUUCCGCCCCCCGCGCAUCGAUUGCGCAAAAAAGAGAAGAAUUUAAAGUUUAAACGAGUCCAUUAUAUUUUGUUUCACCCUUGAAUUCUACUACAAGUAGGUUCUAUGUAUAACCCCUUUUUCCCCCACCUGAAAUAAAGAGAUAGAAGAGCAAAGGGGGUAAAUAAGUAGCUAGAAUCCGAAUCCAAAUCCAAAUCGAAACAAGUAGUUGUAUGAUAUGAAUGAAUAGGCAAAGUAGUGCAGAGAGUAGUGUUAGUUAAAAGGAGGAUAGUAUAGCUUGCGCAGUGAGACGCAACAAACCAAACAGAAAGCGCUCAAAAAUAUAUUGAUGUGGGGUGGGUCAUGGAUACAUUGUUUAGAGUAGUGAGUUUUGAACAAUACCAACAACAGCAACAAGUUGAGUUAGAUCAGUCCCUCAACUCCACCACCACUACCACUACUUCCAGCAGCUCUAGAUCCUCCCGACACAACUAUCACCACUACCAACAACAACAACAAGACGAAGAAUGCUUCAACUUUUUCAUGGAUGAAGAAGACCUCUCCUCGUCUUCUUCCAAGCACCACUACUAUCCCUAUCACUCUCAAUCCCAUCCCCACACUUCCACUCCUCCCGCCACCAUCCUCACGCCCAACGACUUCUCCCACUCCUUCGACUUCAACCUCCAAUUCUCAUCAAACACCAAGUGGGCCACCGACAUCCUCCUCGACGCCGCCCGUGCUCUUGCCGACAAGAACACCGCCCGUCUCCAGCACCUCAUGUGGAUGCUCAACGAGCUCAGCUCCCCUUACGGCGACACCGAACAGAAGCUCGCCGCCUACUUCCUUCAAGCGCUCUUCAGCCGCAUGACGCAUGCCGGUGAUCGAACCUUCCGAACCUUAACCUCCGCCUCCGAUAAGACCUGCUCCUUCGAAUCAACCAGAAAGACGGUGCUCAAGUUCCAAGAGGUGUCUCCGUGGACGACCUUCGGACACGUGGCAGCCAAUGGCGCAAUCUUGGAAGCUUUGGAAGGUGAAACAAAGUUGCACAUAGUUGAUAUCAGCAACACCUAUUGCACUCAAUGGCCAACGCUAUUUGAGGCCUUGGCCACUCGCUCCGACGACACCCCGCACCUCAGGCUCACAACCGUCGUCGUAACAACUGCUCACGGCGGAUCUGUCCCGGCGGCGCAGAGGGUCAUGAAGGAGAUAGGUGCCAGGAUGGAGAAGUUCGCCAGGCUCAUGGGAGUUCCGUUCAAGUUCAACGUCGUUCACCAUUCCGGCGAUCUCUCCCAGUUCGAUUUCGGGGAAUUGGACAUCAGGGACGACGAGGCGCUGGCCGUUAACUGCGUCAACUCGUUGCACUCGAUCGCCGCGGUUGGGAACCGCCGCGACGCGGUGAUAUCGUCGCUGAGAAGGCUUCAGCCCAGGAUCGUGACGGUGGUGGAGGAAGAAGCCGAUUUGGACGUUGGUUUGGAAGGAUUCGAAUUCGUGAAAGGGUUCCAAGAAUGCUUGAGGUGGUUUAGGGUUUACUUUGAGGCGCUGGAGGAGAGUUUUCCGAGGACGAGUAACGAGAGGCUGAUGCUGGAGAGGGCGGCGGGGAGGGCGAUGGUGGACUUGGUCGCGUGCUCGGCGGAGGAAUCGUCGGAGAGGAGGGAGACGGCGGCGAGAUGGUCGCAGAGGAUGCAUGGAUCGGGGUUCAAUACGGCGUCAUUUAGCGAGGAAGUGUGCGAUGACGUUAGGGCGCUGCUGAGGAGGUACAAGGAAGGGUGGUCAAUGGUACAGUGCUCGGAUCACGGCGGAAUGAUGCUGUGGUGGAAGGAGCAGGCGGUGGUGUGGGCCAGUGCAUGGAGGCCCAGCUUCACGUAGUGCUGAUCGAUCAUCACUCUCUUCUUUUGGCACGUGGCUUCAGCUUUCUGGUUCGGUUCGGUUCGGUUAGGCUCCGUUGGGUUGGAUUGGGAGGUUAGAGCGUUCUUUCAGUGAUGGAUUUUAUUUUCUUUUCUUUUUGAGUUUGGUAAGUAAGACAUGCAAUAGGAUUAGUUAGCAAAAAGCUGGGGUACGCUGGUGGGAUCAACGGGGGAGUUUGCUUGUAUUAAAAAAAAAAAGAAUGAAGCAAAUUGAUUUUCAUUAUUAACUUUUUGUGAUUAUUUUUUGUUUUCUUUAGUUAAACUAUUAUGAAGGAAAGUUUAUGGUCUCU